AUGGCGAUUUUAUGUCCAGUCCAGCUUGAUCCUGAGUUUGGGGCGGCUUACGAAGGACUGCGCACUGUUAUGCGGAUUAUGCGAGUACCGGACAUAGCGGCGGAAAUCCGCAGGAGGUACCACUGUACUCCUUCGGCGGUGGUGGAUGGUCCUACGCUACGGUUGCAAAACCUUCGUGAUGUGUCCAUCUUGUCAACCAGGGUCAAUGAAUUGAUGGCGGGUGAGAUCGAUGAAGGGUUGUGGUUACAUCAACUACGCGAUGAGUGGCGAGCCUACUUGUGGCAGAAGGUGAGCCAGGAAAGAUCUCAACAUUAUGCGGGUGCUGGGAGGGUGGAUCGUGUGCGUACACUACUUUACCACCGGAGACUGGAGGAACGCGCGCGACAAGGCGAUGAGGAUGCAUGGGCUAAACUUGGAGUUUUGCGUCGCAUCAUUGCAGGAGGCUUGAUGACGCCAGAGCGGGCGUCGCGGCACAAACGACAGGAUUCCAAUCGUAUGUGCUCUUGCGAUGCGGAGGAGGAGACCAUCAUGCACGUUUCAUGGCGAUGUGCCUUAUAUGCGGAGGAACGAGCACACGUGUUGGAGUCUCUGGGGUGCAGGAUUGAGGAUUUGCCAAUAUGCUUUACGUAUGCGAUGGUGGUACCAGAGGACUUUUACUUGAACGAUGACGUGGUACUCUUAGUUCAAGAAUUCCUUGUUGACGUAUGGCAGAAGCAUAUUGUCAGGUGGCAUGCGGGGGGGGACUUGGAGGACAAGAGACGUAACUUUCCUACGCGGGAGAUUACUGAACGAGGUAUUGUGGAGAAUGGGCAUUUGCUGGCACCGCGUACUGAGGGUGGCCCUGUUUUGGCGUCUGAAGGUUUUCUGUCCAACGACAACCGGCUCGACCAACUGGUGUGGGAGAAAGUGGCGCUGGAAGGCUUCACCGCCGAUGGCAGCGUUGAGAACUUCAAGCGCCGCCGCCAGACCGAAUUGAAGCACGGACGCAUCUGGGCAGCCGUUGCCGCACAGACGGCAGCGAUUGGCACCACCUCCACGCGGAGCUGCCUGGUCAAGACGGACGGUGCCUGCGUGAUAUCUUUCGCAUCCUUGGCUCAGCAAGUGACUUUGCGGUUUGUGUCUAAUGUUGCACGAAACAAGCUGAUGCAUUCUCUGUAUGGCAACACCAGUGUCGUAAGUUCGACUCGCUCCAAAUGGGAGUCCACCCUUGAUCAAACCGGCGUGCAGCUCCUACAUGCAGAUGAGUUGAAGUUGCCGGGUGAUGCCGCGGUCGUCACGAUCAGAGCUGACCAGGUUUCAAAUGGAGCAGUAGGAUUUGCCUUUUGCAAUAGUGUGUUCUUGCAGCCGAAACUCAAAGUCAAAGGUGGCAGCUACCUUUGCUUGCUAAUUCCAGGAGUGCUGGGGGCUGAUCUCAAGCGAUUGCUGCAAGAUGCGAAUCCCACUUUGCUUGCCCAUUCAUUUGAGACUGUUCUCUCUCUUGAGGAUCCCAAAACCAAGAGGUGCUUUCCGCGCAGUGUUGUCGGGAUAAAUUUGGGAUUGCAGAAUGUUACGGUAGCCCAGCUUCCGCCCAGUGUGCAAAAGGCUGAAGAUCCGUCCGUUGUGGUAUGGGUGCAUGCUCACCAAAGGUACUCGCCUGAUGAGUGGAUGAAGUGUGUAGGAUCAAAUAUGCGUGAAGUCAAGCAGACUGUUUCUCACAGAAUUGCAGGUCUGCUCAAUGUUAGCCCUGGUUCAUUCGAGAUGUGGGGGUUCUCUGUCGGUCAUUCGCCGAAUUCUACCCUCAAAGCUUGCAUCCGUGUCACAGCAACGCAAGCCAAAAUCUUGUAUGAUUGCAAGGAUGGCUUCCUCUUUUUCCGUGCCUUCGUUCGCAAGGGAUCCAGCCCCACGGUCGAGGACGAUAUCGUAGUGUUGUGGACAAACAAGUUUACAACAGUGAGCUCACUCGCUGUCGUGGCAAACACUUUGCAGGGACUACGUGGUUUCGUAGCUAAUGCACAAGGCCUUGGUGUCAGAAUCGAGAAGCGGUACAUUGCUGCUGCACGGGUUGCUCUUCAAGAAUCCAAUGGAAAAGUCUUUGAGGUCAACAGGGACGUCGCAGGCAUUUUGCUUUUCGAGGUGCAAGGUUUCCCCAGCGGUACAUCUGCUGCCACCGUCGUCACGUACGUGCAGAUUGUGAUCCGUCCCAGUUUCGUGUUGUACUUCCUGAAAAAAAUAAAAAAGCUUAUCAUCUCCAAGCUCCCGAGUGCCUCUGAGAUGCGUGCUGCUCUUGAUGCCAAGAAGAAGCUCGAAACUGAAGCUGACAAAGCUCGUAGGCGCCAGAAUAUCAUUGCCAAUUCUAGGGGUGCUACCUGUCACGAUGAUGACUUUGAUCCCUGGCGUAACUACAAACCUGAAGCUAAGGGGAAAGGUAAGGGCAAGGCACACAGUCGUGAGCGCGUCAGUGCGCAUGUGGCCAGUGAUGACAGUGAUAUGCGGGCCACGGUUAUGCAGUUUAGGCGAGAGAUCGAUACUAUCACGAAGCGCUUGGAUGGACAAGAUGUGAAGUUUGAUCAGAUGAACUCCCGCAUUAAUGACAAUCAUUCGGAAGUGAUGCAAGCCCUGUGCUCAUUAGGUAAGCUUGAUGACCUGUUUGAGUGGGCUGGCUUUGAGUCACCGGUUUUCAUUGGGGGUGGCAUUGACCCCGAUUUGCAGCAAGCUUUGGACAUCUCCUUGAAGGAAUGUGCCGAAGCUCGUGAUGAGCGGCGACGCGUCCGCUUUGCACUUACGCGUGUGAUCCCCAAGGGACAUUUUAUUCAAGAUACUAUUGCCGAUGGUAAUUGUCUUUUUCGCGCUUUCUGCACUGGUUACAGCGCACUCACGGGUUUUGGACUGUCGCAUGAAGUUGCAAGGAUUUCAUGCAUCGAUACGCUCCGCACUUCCUUUGCUGACAGGUUCGCAGAUUUCGAUCGUGGUGCUUAUCUCGACUCUAUGGCCCAGUUAGGCACGUACGGCGACGAACUUUGCAUUGCUGCUCUCAGCAAGCAUUUUGAAGUGAAGGUCUUGCUGGAUAGCAAGCGUUGGGUUGCAGCGGCGAUUCCAAUGGGUUAUGGUUCGAAAUUCACUGCCAAUGAGCGUCUGAUUCAGCACUUUUUUGAUCAUGUUGCCCAGGUCGCUUUGUGGAUCGUGCGCUUCAUUUCUGCGAAGGCAAUCCGCCUCCAACUUUCUGUGCAUCUCCUGAUUGGGAUAAAUGCUCCAGUGGGGUAG